AUGAUCAACAUUGCUAACCUUGUAGAUUUGUCGAAGAGAGUAGCUUUCUCUGCUGGCGUGACGUCUUAUAGCAGUUCCUGGAACAGUGGUACCUUAGUGUACAAUAAAGUUAUCAACAACGUGGGAGGAGGAUAUAACCCCAACACCGGAAUCUUCACCGCACCAGUGGAGGGAGAUUAUGCGUUCUACGUCAGUAUCCUAAGUUAUGGUAACAGCCAUGAUCUUUUUGUAGAUAUUGUAUCAAACGGAUCUAAGAAGUUCCGAGCGAUAGCAGAAAUGGGUUCCACCUCUGACGGUUUCGAGACAGGUACAAAUCUGGUGACAUUAAAGCUGCAGAAGGGGGACAGGGUGUGGGUUACGCACUACCGUGGUCAAGGUUAUUACACCUACAGCGAGGCUCCUUCCACCACCUUCUCUGGAUUCCUGAUAUAAAAUAUAACUUACAAUUUAACUGUAACAACGAUUCGAUAUACACUGUAUCUGUAUUAUUUUGUUUUUUAAGAAAUAAAAAUUUGGCAAAUUAAAUAUUCUAAUCAGUAACUUUCAGACAAGCAAAUCAAUCAUGGAACACCUUUAAAGUCACCAUGAAUGAAUCAAUAGGAUGACCGAUCAGCGAAUUUUUUUUUUAUAUCCUUUUAAAUUUCCUCAAAAUCUGCAGAGCAGGAAAUUGCUCGACAGCC